UUGGUACGGGAGCCGAGUGGGGACUGGCUGGUUACGCAGCGGCUGUGGGUCUCCACCCGAGAGUAUGGCGGCUAGGAUUGUAUUGGUGAGCGAAUAAGGAACGAAGACAUGCCAGAGAUGGUGAAAAAGAAACAAAGAGACGCAAGUUGUUUUCUGAAGUGUCGCAAUAGUAGUAGUUUAUUUUGUUUUUCUUAGGCAGCCUCCAGACUGCACGUUUGCGCCUGCAAUCCAUUCUAGGGUUAGCCCAGCAUUUUUUCCAAUGUCUUCGAUGGAGCAAGUUUGUUUUUUUAUGAUGCAUAGAAGGGUGAGCUAAGCAGAUGAAAACCCGCACGGUCCACCACAUCGGGCGAUAUUUUAUUCCUCCUUGUGCACAUUGUGGAAAAUCGCACUCCUCGGAUGCACGUAUAGUUAUCAAUGUCUGGCCUGCGUGGGGGAAUUUCUACAAUGAAAUCCAUCUUAGGGCACCGAGUCUUUGUGCUCUGCCAUAGCUGAGCAGCGGCGAGCAAGAUUGUAUUAUUGACACCCGUUCAAAAUGGGACACGAAUGGUGAAUGUAAUUCGUGCGGAGAUAUUUUAGUUCGUUUCAAUGACGCGCGGAGAUUGAUACCUUUCGGCAAUCUCUUCAUUUAAUCCACUAGCAAGGGAGCAAUGCGCGAGUAUAAAGUGGUGGUCCUGGGCAGCGGAGGGGUCGGGAAAUCCGCCCUCACUGUGCAGUUUGUCACCGGGACGUUCAUUGAGAAGUACGACCCUACCAUAGAGGAUUUUUACCGCAAGGAGAUCGAGGUAGACUCCUCACCCUCGGUUUUGGAGAUCCUUGACACUGCCGGUACCGAGCAGUUCGCUUCCAUGCGGGACCUUUACAUCAAAAACGGUCAAGGAUUCAUACUGGUCUACAGCCUUGUCAACCAGCAAAGCUUCCAAGACAUAAAACCGAUGAGGGACCAGAUCAUAAGAGUGAAAAGGUAUGAGAAGGUUCCAGUGAUCCUGGUGGGGAACAAGGUCGACCUGGAGAGCGAGAGGGAGGUGUCGUCCAGCGAGGGACAGGCCCUGGCCGAGGAGUGGGGCUGCCCUUUCAUGGAGACCUCGGCCAAGAGCAAAACCAUGGUAGACGAACUGUUCGCUGAGAUCGUUCGGCAGAUGGACUACGCUGCCCAGCCAGACAAGGAUGACCCCUGCUGCUCCUCUUGCAAUAUACAAUAGCCCCAGGGCCUACAGGAACAGGCCAGACAAGAAGUCUACUUAGAGGAAGUUAACUCCGACUUGCAACAGAGAAAUAUACACAUAGACACACACGCACACGCACUCAGACAUACACACAACAAUUAAUUGAAAGAUUAACAGACUCAUGGUUGAACGUGUUGGAUUUUAACUCUUUGGAGCAUAAAAUCAGUCAUGAAAUAAUUAAUAAUAAUGACAUGUCAAUAAUGAAUAGAUUUUGAAUGAGGAAUGCCAGGAAUUUGCCGCAAGAGAAAUUGACAAACAACAACAAGGAACGUGCACUCGCCUUAUGUUACUCUUGUUUUUGUCGUUUUGGUUUGGUUUUAUCUUUUGGGUGUGAAAAAGGAAAAAAAAAUCUUGACUCAUCGUCAGCACAGAAUUACUGAACAGGAUUUUUACUGUUUAGGUUGUUCUACUGUCUGCUUUAGUAAUUUUUUUUUUUUUUCAUUUUGUUUGUAUUAUUCCAUUUCACACAGCACAUCUAGAUGCAUUUUCUGUUACCAUGACUGAGUUGAAAAUAGCUACUGUACACAAAACCCAAAAGCAGAUCCCCGGGAUCCACUUGUGUUAAACGUUGAUGAGUAACUGAUUUGUGUACAAGGUUUCUCUCAGCUUAUGUUUUUUGUCUAGUGGUCAGCAGGAAGUUUUUGUACUCAUUACAGGCAGAACCAAAGAGGUGACUUGAAAGCACCUCCAUUUUCUUUCUUUCUUUCUUUCUUUCUUUUUUUUUUCCUUUCCCGGUUGUUUAGAGCAAUUGAAAGAAAAUGGUGGAGAAGUCAGUGUCUUUCUUGAAACAUUGGUGCAGUCAUCUCUUUCCUAUUUUCUCGUUUUGGAGAUCUAAUAGUAAGCGUAGCAGAGUCUUUCACAUAUCGUGUGAUGUUUUGUUUUCCUUUCUGAAAGGCUCCGACAGCAGAUUGCUGUAUAGUAAUAUAAGUAACUGCUUCAUCCUAAUGGAACAUGGAGUCCAUCUCUCAGUGUUUGAAUAUCUCUACAGACGAUCUCUCAAAACUGUCCUCUUUUCAGGAAUGGGUGACAUUUAAAGUGAAGACGCAAAACAUUUGUUAUACUUUACAUUUCUUUUCUCCUCCGGUAUUGAAAUGAAAUGGGGUGCUAAGAUUUUCAACAUCCCAUUCCCAUUCUUUAUGUAUUCAGAGUAUUCAAAUUCAUAGUAACAAAUAGUAACGAUGAUGGCGAUGAUAACAAGAAUAAUUAAUGGUAGUGUAAAUAUUUUGUAUUGAAAGUGCCAGCUCCUAUGAAGACACUGACUCAACACAUGUGGAAUUGUCAACUGUAUGCAUGGCUAGUAAAAAAAAGGACUUUUAUUGUUUGAGAUUAAUAUAGGCUGUGGAAAUGUGCAAACCAAACACAUACACAUCUGGAUCUGGACACUGUCUCAACUGUACAUCUAUGUUGCCACGGGAACCAGACUUUCCCCGUGUUGCCAUUUUCAUUGUUGAUUUUAUAUUUUUUUAUGUGACCAUUGACUCUUUAUUCCCUCCCUCAAUGGUGACACUGUUUCAUUUGACACCUAAACAAUAAAAGUGCGUUUAACACUCGA